UUGCGUCUUUGGUUACUGCAGCAACAGUGGAAAGUCGGCAAUGUUCAUCCAGCAACAGUUGUAAAAUUGAUGUCGUUCAGUUGUGCGACGUGCAGGUCUGCAUACAGAUUUUGUUGCUACUCUUAUGAUACUUCAGCUUGGUCCAAGACUCUUUCAACAAGAUCAAUUAGUUUUGCUUCAGCAUGGCUAUGGAAAAACAUUUUGUGAUAAAUGAUACUCACACAAGACCUGUCACUGCUAUUGGAUUCCACCCACUGAGAAGAGAAAUUGUGACCGGUUAUGAAGAUGGACUCAUGAAAUGGUGGGAACAAGAUGGCGGGAAAUUAAUAUUGACGACACAUGAGCAUCGUGGAUGGCUGACUGAUUUUUUAUAUUGGUCAGAACCGAAAUUGUUAUUGUCAUCUGCUAACGAUGGAUACAUUAUUGCAUGGACAAGCAGUGGGACUGUUAUGGACAAAAUUUAUAUGAAUCAGCCUAUCUUCUGCAUGCGUUUCAAUUUAAGACGACAUCACUUCAUUUGUAGUUUCAAUGGACAAUUGAAGAUAUUCAAUCUUGAUAUGAGAAAAACCUAUGGACAUGUUAUUGAUUUGAGAAAACCAUUUAUUGCUGAACACCACAAUGAUGUAAUAUCUUGCGUAAUAUGUCACGAUUCUCGAGUCUAUACUGCGGGAUUUGAUGGAAGAUUCUGCAUUUAUGACACAACACUUUAUCCUGGAACAAAAGGUUUAGAUUUAAUUCAUAGAAUAUCACGAGCUCAUGAAGCAGGAAUAACAUGUAUGUCUCUUGUAAAGGACAAUGAGAACAACACAUGGUUACUGACAGGAUCAUUCGAUCGAACAGUAAAAGUUUGGUCGCAGGAUGGUAAGCUGAGACAUGAACUUGAAACCAUCUUCCUACAUACAAUAACUAGUUUAUGUUAUGUAUCAAGAGCAAAAACUGUUUGGGUUGCAUCUGGAGCUCCUCAUGCUACAUUGUACGAUCCAAAAGCUGGAGAGAACGUUUCAGAGUUUUUACCUACAUUUCAAACUGGACCAAAUUCAGGAGAAGAAUCACAACAUAAAAUAUUUAAGCUUAGAUAUAAUCCUGAAUCAUCACAAGUUGUUGGUACAACUCACCGGCGUCAAAUUAUUGUAUGGAAAUACAAUGCAUUCGGUUGUAUGACUGCUCUUAAAUGCAAACAUCCUAUAGACAGUGUCUGCUACACAAAAAAAGUUCCAAUGUUAUUGUUUUCUGGUUGCGGUGAUGGAAGUAUUUACAAAUGGGAGAGACUCCAAUCAAGUCAUUUUAUGUACAGCAUGGAAUCUUUGACAAGAAAAGAAGCGAAAGAUAAGUUGGAAUCAAUAAAAAACAUUCGGGGUUUAACAAAAAAGAAAAAUCAUCUGAAGAUAGAACAUUUGCGUCCACACAAUUCUCCAUCAAGUCAUUAUACUUACAAUAAAUCUAUCUUCGCACCAUCUUCUCUUUAUCACGGAAACAAUGUUUCUCUCCUUUCUGGUAUUUACGUUGAGCAUUUGGACAUCCUUAUUACGUCAUCAGAAGAUGGGAACAUCUACAUAUGGGGGUUUGAUGAAGCAGCAGUUAGUGCGUUGACCAAAUUAUCCCCGGAAAAGAUGGAUGGAUCUCCAGUUCACAGGAAAUACAGCGUCUUAUUUGGAGAUUUUAGACGAAAUAAUAUGACUCCGAUCCCACCUCAAAAACUAUACGGAGAAACGUUGAAUAAUGGCUUAAUUAUGGGAGACGGAAGAGACGAUGACGAAAAACCGAUGGAAGAAACAAGACUAGAACCAGCUGCAGGCGAUGCUACUCUAAUUCAAGAGAAAGUGACCGACAGUUUCGCUGACUCUGUGACAAAUAGAGUGGCUGGUUUCAUAUGCAAAGAUGUUCUUCUGGGGCACGAAUCUUGUGUGACGUCAUUUGCUAUCGUUGAUAAGGAAGAAGAACACGGAGCCACUUACAUGCUUUCAGGCGGAUGGGACCGAAAAAUAUUGGUUUGGAAUCUACGAACAGGACAACUUCAUGAUCAGUUGCGAGCGAAUAAGACUCGUUAUGACAUCAACACUGGAAAAGAAAUUCCACCUGAUGAUAUCGAGGAUGCAGUCAACGAAGACGAACUAGCUGAAGGAGAAUUGGCAUGUGAUGGUGUUAUACUUGAUAUUGAAUACUGUAAAGAAAGAAAUGAAUAUGCCUACGCGAGCAGUGACGGUAUGGUUUAUAUCCGGGACUUUAGCACCGUUGGAUCUGAAAUGAAGCUACGUAAUACCUUACAAGGACACGAACUAGAAAUCACAUGCAUCAAAUGGAAUGCUAUUUAUCAUAGAUGGAUAAGUGGCUCGGAGGAUGGUACGAUAAGAAUAUGGACUGACGACGGCAUGUCAUGUGAGCACAUACUAUCAACUGAGGGCAGUGUAUCAACACUAUGCAUUGAUCGGACUAACGGUUCUAUUGUGGCCGGUGUUGAAAAUAUAAUAAAAGUGUACGACUUGGAAACAAUGAAUUUAGUGCAGACAAACGUCGGACACACGGACAGUAUACGAAGUAUAAUACAUGUUCUGGAAAGGUCGCAGUACGUUUCUGGUUCUUGGGAUAAAUCCAUACGAAUUUGGAACGCGUACAAAAGACCAGUUCGUCGCAGAAAACCCGCACCACGUGACGCGGAUGACAAAGCCAGUCCGCAGGUAAAAGAAGAAAAAAAAGUUGCCGUUUAGACCAGUGGUUCUCAACCGUUAUUUUCUCAUGGCCCAUCUUUAUCGUCGAAAGAUAUCUGAUUAAAAAUUUAUUGGAAAUUCUGAAAAAUAUAAAAAUAAUCAUUGCUACUAUUUAUCAGCUUCUCAGGUUAAAUUUUCAAAACUUGGUUCAACCCAAGCAUAAAACCUUUUUCAACUUGUAAUUCAUGAUGUGUUUCUGGGGACCCGCUGUAGGUCCAAUGAAAACUCCAGGUCCAUUAAAAAAAUCAUCAUGGUUCAAGAAGGCCGGCGGCGUAAGCCCUAAGGGACCACCUUGAGGAACACUGGAAUAUUAAAUAUCACUGUUUUUGGUCGCAGAAUUCUAAGGGUUUGUUUUGCUAUAUACGGUAAAUACACAGUUACCGGUACCGAGCAUUAACUAUGACACAACUAAAGUCAAGUUUCACAUACUGAUUGUUGUCUUCGUAUCUGUACCUUCUACAAUAUACAUAUUGCAACUUUUAAAUAAAACAAUCCUCUCCUUUACCUAGAAUUCUGGGCCGUAUAUAAAAAUAUUUUAUAAUGAUGUAAAAUUGCUUUUGUUAUAUUGUAUUUCUAGGCAUAGCUGUGUCUUUUACACAUUGUUAUACGUUUGAGAUUUAUUUGUGUUAUGUUACCUGCUUCAUGUUAUAUACUUAUGCAUAUUUUGUUUAGAUUAUAUAUAUAUUUUUAUAUACAAGAAGUACACUUUUGAUGCCAAAAAUAAAUUUACCUAACAGUAUUUACCUAUGUUCUUGUUAAUGUAUACUUUCAAGAGAUGUCAAAAUAUUAUUCAACAUCAUUCCAAAAAUCUUACUGUGAAAAUUUAAACUGAUAUUUUUAUUUCUAAAGUUUUAGUAUCGACUGUUUGAAUCUAUGUAAUACUUCUCCCUCCUUGUCCCACCAAACCCAAUUUUUCAUGAUUUUCAUAAUUCUCCGCUUUUAUAUUGCAAAUAUAUACGUCCAUGCAUGAUCUCGUUCCAAUCGAGGAUAUUUCAACCACAGUUUAUACUUGUGAAUAUAAUUAAAUGUUAUCUACACAGUAAUGACUGUACCGUAAUGACUAAAAUAAAAUUGUUACACUCCGUGCCGAAUAUUGUACUAUAGAGAUUUUAGAAUUAUCCUAUAUUUUUAUAUAAAUAUGUUAUAGUAUUUGCAUGCAAAGAUUAUAUUUAUUUUGUUAGAAACAAAUAUAUAUUUACAUUUUCAUGA